AUGGAAAGUGCAUUAGAUGCAGCGUGCAUUUGUGUAAACUUGAAAAUUAUUUUUCUGCAAUUUGUUUUGAAAAAAGAAUUUAGAGACAGAAAAGGAAACAUUUUGUUCAUUCAAGCACAAGCCAAAUAUGAGAAAUCAUCUGGACAACAGGCGGCUGUUAUACUGCAAGAAGAUCCUUUUCUUGACUUUUUAACACCAUGUGUUCCUUUUAAACUCUAUUGA